AUGUCUCUCCUUCCAGGUACUCUGCUGUCGGUGAGUCCCAACAUUGCCCGCUGGAUGCCCGGCCUCUUCUGCCAGAACGAACGCGUUGUGCUGAGCGGCCAAUGGCAGUUCGGCUUCUUCUCUCUUACAGCCGUGGGGGCCACCAACGUGGGAUCGAUCCGUAUCUAUGGUGACAAGGAACUUCACACCAACCAGUGUCGUCAUGUGAAAGGAAAGUACCACGACCACAACUACACGGAGCAGUACGGCCCCUCCGGCCUGACCCUGACAAAGGGGGCCCCGCUGGGAGAGUUCAACUUUGGCUCCACCAUUGUGCUGGUGUUUGAGGCUCCUCGCCAAUUCAAGUUUCAUGUGAAAGACGGUGGGCGGAUCUUUAUGGGGGAGGCCCUGGGAACCUUGUAACUCCGC